CGCUUCCAUAGUCCCAAAGGUCGUGCUCGAGAGCGCUCCUUACCCACCUCCCCCCGUGGUUGCUAUGGAGACGCGUCGGCGGCGGCAGAGAUAGCAACAGAACUCAAACUGCCGAUGACGACGCAGCAGUAUAAACAACUACAAAAUACCAGUUUAAAUGUACAUUUUUCUUUUAUAAAGGAGUGAAACGAAACUGGCCAUGAAUGAAUAACACCCGACUCUGCCUAUUUAUGAACAUAAUUUUUCAGGAAAAAAAAACAGUCUUUUUUCAGAGAAAGAGAAAGAGAGAGAGAGAGCACUGUUGGCAGUGAACGAUGGCGGACUCCGUGAAACUCGGCACCCGUCCCAGGUCUUCCAAGUCUCCCAGGACUCCCAGGUCUUCCAGGUCUCCCAAAUCCCCCAAAUCUCCGAAGUCUCCCAGGUCUCCAAAGUCCUCCAGCAGAAGGAAGACAGCCGCACAAUCUUCCAAAGGACACUCUCCUCGACCCGGGUCCACACCGACCCCGGCAGAUCCAAUCAAGGAUCCGGAACCGCAGCCGACAGAGAAUGCAGCUGUUGGGGUGACAGAGCAAACCGAAAACCCAGAAAUUACACCCACUCUGGUCAUAGAAGAACCAGAUCUGAAGCCCCUGUUUAAACAGAGGGUGGUUCUCAGCGGCAUGGAGGAUGCUGUGUGGCUGGAGGAGCACGAUAAUAUCCUGGAGAAGUUCAUUGGAGACCCCGCACUGAGACUGCUGGUCGUAUACCUGGACUCCUACGCAGGGCUGCGAUUGGAGUUCUUCAUACCAACACAGGUCACUGACCAGCUGACGUACUUCAUCAGGAAGGAAGGCCAGCGGAUCACGGCCCAGGGGUUUGAGCGCGAGGUGCAGUUCGGGACGGUGCGGGCGGGCCACACCGAGAGCCUGCUCAGACUCAUGAACGGGAUCUACGCUCCGCAGAUAUUCGACAACAACACCUGGCCGGACAGCAUCAGGAACAACUUCUCUGCUCACCUGCACCGCUUCCUCGCCAGCCUGACAGACACCCGGUACAAGCUGCAAGGACACACUGUGCUGUACAUCCCUGGGGAGGCUCUCAAACUGAAGCCUGUCAUCGCAGCCAAGGAUAAAGAGCUUGUUCAGAGACUGGAAACUGCGAUGAUCCACUGGACCCGUCAGAUCAAGGAGGUUCUGAGUGCUCAGGAGGCAGUGGAGACCGGGGACAACUCGGGCCCGCUGGAGGAGAUCGAGUUCUGGAGGAGCCGCUGUGCCGACCUGACCGGGAUCAGUGAGCAGCUGGACAAGCCCGGGGUUAAGCACAUCCGAACCAUCCUGGAACUUUCCAAGUCCUCCUACGUGACGCCCUUCUGCAAGCUCUCCAAGCAGAUCCAGGACGGGUCGUUGCAGGCUCAGUCCAACCUCUCGUUCCUGUCUAUCAUGGGGUCUCCCUGUGAGGAGCUGGCUAAGCUGAAGCCGCGUGACAUCCCAGACAAGCUGCCUCAUCUCCUCAGCCUUAUCCGAGUCAUCUGGGUGAACUCAGUCUACUACAACACACGGGAGAGGCUCACCUCCCUCUUCCGCAAGCUGAGCAACGAGAUCAUCCGGCUGUGCUGCAAGGAGAUUUCCCUGGAGCGGAUAUUCGAGGGGUACAUCGUAUCCAGCAAGCAGAGCCUCAAUGAGUGUGUGCGCUGCUGCAUGGCCUGGAAGCAGCACUACCUUCACAUCUCCCAGCUACAUCACAAGUGCUCAUCCACAGGCUGGGUUUUGGAUCAGACCAGUAUUUUUGCACAGGUGGACGCUUUUAUGCAACGCUGUAAAGACUUGCUGGAGGUGUGUCAGUGCCAGCAGCACUUUGCCCGGCGAGAGGAAGGGAACCAGACUCCGCUGCCCUGCUUCACCGGGCACAAGGGACCAGAGAUCGCCCGCAGCUUGCUGGAGAUCGAGGGCACUUUCGAGAAGAACCUGCUCAUCCUCAAAGCCGCCAAGAAGACCAUCUUGGACGUCAAGAACACGUCCUGGCAUGACGAUUACAACAGGUUCCGGUCAAAUAUGAAAGACCUGGAGGUGAUGAUGCAGAACCUGAUCACCACUGCUUUCGAGACGGUCACCACGGUGGAGCAAGGAGUGAAGCUGCUGGACGUCUUUCAGCACCUGUCUGCACGAGAGGCAAUCAAACGCACCAUUGACAAGAAGACAGUGGAUGUGUAUGCCCUCUACAAUGACGAGCUGAGCCGGGUCAGCAGAGAGUUAAGCAGGAAGAUCUGCAUUCUGCCGGCCCACAUGCCACAAUACGCAGGACAGGCGCAUUGGGCCAGAGUACUGCGCCGGCGCAUCGAGAGACCAAUGGAGAUCCUGUCGAAGGCUCACUACGUGCCGCAGAUCGGCUUGGGUGUGGAGACGAGGGCCGUGUACAAGCAGCUGCUGCAGACUCUGGAUGAGCUGGUGAGGAAGAUCUUCACAGACUGGACCCAGGGACUGGACCGGCAGUGUGAGAGGAGACUGGACACCCCCCUCCUGAUCCGCAGUGCUGAGAAGCCCGGCAUGCUGGACGUCAACUUCGACAAGAACCUGCUGAAGAUGUUUAAUGAGAUCCACUACUGGGAGCGUCUGCUGUUUGAGAUCCCCCAUUACGUGGCGGAGGUGUACCAUCGCAAAGAGGACCUGAGGAACCUGCGGGAGAAUGUGUUGCUGGUGGUCCGAGACUACAACAGGAUCAUCGAAGUUCUGUCCAGUGAGGAGAGGGGUCUGUUCCGCGAGCGGAUCCGGUUCCUGGAUAAGAAGAUCCAGCCCGGGCUUUCCAAGCUCCUCUGGUCCUCCAAAGGGGCUUCGAACUACUUCAUUCAGGAGUGCAGGCUUCACGCCAGCAAGGUGCAGCUGAUGGUGGACGAGUACAAGUCAGCGAACCUGCUGGUGUCGCAGUGCGCCCGUCAAAUCAGCGAGCUGCUGCUGGUGCGAGUGGACGGCAAGCGCGUCUACAAGGACCUGGAGUUCGAGCAGGACCAGCAGGGGCAGCGUGACAGCGUCCUGAGCAAGCUGCAGAGCGUUCACCAGGACAUCGUCAACACCAUGGCGCGCACCUACGAGACCUUCAAGAACGACGGGCAGGAGGUGCAACAGCACUGGCUGAACUACACAGACCAGAUGGACCGCAUGGUGGAGGAGGCCUUUCGGCUCAACAUCAAGUGGUCACUUCAGGAGCUGGCCAAAGCCAUCAAUGGGGACAGCAAGACCACUCCCAACCCCCUGUUCAGAGUUAUGGUGGUACUGCUCAGCGACCUGCCAGGCUCCACCGCUCAGGUGGAGUUUUCCCCUACUUUAUCCAACCUGGCGAACAUCGUCAACAGCAUUUGCAGCCAGCUCAUCAGCACCAUCUCCAUCUUCAAGCGCCUCCCUGACCUCCUCACCAAGAGCAAGUCUCAGAGAGAGCCCAUCCACGUGAUCAUCGAGCGCGAUGACGACAUCAAAAAGAUCCAAGCCCAGAUCAGUGCGGGCAUGGCAGCCAACGCUGCGCACCUGCAGAGCUACCAGAAGACCUGGGACACGUACCGGGAGAUCUGGGAGAUCAACAAGGACUCCUUCAUCCGCAGAUACCAGCGGCUCAACCCCCCAGUGUCCUCCUUCGACGCUGACAUCGCCAGGUACACAGAGGUGGCGAACAAUGUGCAGAAGGAGGAGACGGUGCUCAAUAUCCAGUUUGUGCUGCUCGACUGCUCCCCGCUCAAGUUCUCCCUGGUGCAGCACUGCAACGAGUGGCAGAACAAGUUCACCACGCUGCUGAGCGAGAUGGCCAGCGAGCAGCUCAGAGAGCUGCAUCUGUUCCUGAAGGACAAUGGUGACAAAGUCAGCAGGCCCCCUCAGACCCUUGUGGAGCUUGGAGACAGCCUGAAGCUUCUGGAGACACUGCAGAGCGAGUUGUCCAAGACGGAGGCUCGAAUCCCCCCCAUUCACGAGCAGUUUGCCAUCCUGGAGAAGUACGAGGUUUCCAUCAGCUACACCGUACAGCAGAUGCUGGAGGACCUGAAUGGUGAAUGGCUCUCCUUCCAACAGUGUAUCAUAGACAGCGACGCCAUGCUGAAGAAACACAAGGAGAAGUUCAAGACCAGCCUCAUCCACUCUGCAGAGGAGUUCAAGAAGAAGGCGCACGGCAUCAGCGAAGAAUUCACAGCGUCAGGUCCGUUCAGCAGCUCGGUGGGUCCAGACCUAGCUCUGGAUCAGAUCGCUGCCAUACGCUCUCAGCUGGACUUCCUGAAGGAGGAGGAGGCAACCAUUCGACACGGCCUGGGCAUCUUCAAGCUAGAGCAGCCCACCUCCAAGGAGAUCCUGGCACUCGACAAGGAUCUGGACAUGCUUCAGCAGACCUGGCGGAUCACGAAGGAGUGGGAGGGCCACUGGAACGACUGGAAGGUGGGCCGAUUCGUGGACCUGCAGACUGAUAAAAUGGAGGCCGUGGCACAGGGGCUGUUCAAGAAGCUGCUCAAGCUCAGCCGGGACCUCAAGGAGAAGAACUGGGAGAUCGUGGACACGUCAAGGAACAAGGUCGACCAGUUCAGGAGAACGAUGCCCCUGAUAUCAGACCUGAGGAACUCAGCAAUGAGAGAGAGACACUGGAAUCAGAUCAGACACGAGGUUCAGCGAUCCUUUGACCAGACCGCAGAAGACUUCACCCUGGAGAAGAUUGUGGAGCUGGGGCUGGACCAACAUGUCGAGAAGAUCAACGAGAUAUCGGGGGCUGCCACCAAGGAGCUCUCCAUAGAGCUGUCUCUUGAAGGAAUAGCAAAGACCUGGAAUGUUACAUCCCUUGACAUUGGACCUUACAAAGACAAAGGACACCACAGACUGAGAGGCACGGACGACGUGUUCCAGGCGCUGGAGGACAACCAGGUGUCCCUGUCCACAAUGAAGGCGUCCCGCUUCGUCAAAGCGUUCGAGCAGGAGGUGGACCGCUGGGAGCGCUGCCUGUCCCUCAUCCUGGAGGUCAUUGAGAUGAUCCUCACAGUGCAGCGGCAGUGGAUGUACCUGGAGAAUAUCUUCCUGGGAGAGGAUAUCCGCAAGCAGCUGCCCAGAGAGUCCGCUGAGUUCGAUGAAAUCAACAGCAGCUGGAAAUCCAUCAUGGAGCGACUGAACAAAGACAGCAACGCGCUGAGAGGGACCCACCACCCAGGCCUGCUGGAGAAGCUGACGGAGAUGAACACAAAGCUGGAGGAGAUUCAGAAGUCUCUGGACAUGUACCUGGAGACCAAGCGUCAGAUCUUCCCCCGCUUCUACUUCCUGUCCAACGACGACCUGCUGGAGAUCCUGGGCCAGUCGCGCAACCCUGAAGCCGUGCAGCCCCACAUGAAGAAGUGCUUCGACAACAUCAAGUCCCUCAAGAUGCAGAAGAUGGGGAUUACCAGCAAGUAUGAAGCUUCUGCGAUGUUCUCAGCCGACGGGGAGGGAGUGGAAUUCACCCACCCUGUCUUGCUGGAGGGGCCAGUGGAGGCUUGGCUGUGUGAUGUGGAGAAGACCAUGCGCUGGACCCUGAAGGAAUCCCUUAAGAACUGCCGCAUCGCGCUCAAGAAGAUGACAGGGAAGAGGGACAAGUGGGUCAAGGACUGGCCAGGACAGAUGCUGAUCGCCUCCAGUCAGAUCCAGUGGACCACUGACGUCACCAAGUCUCUGAUCACCAGCAAGGAGAGAGCUGACAAGAGUGCUCUGAAAAACAUGAAGAAAAAACAGGUGUCUAUGCUGAACAAGUACUCGGAGGCUAUCCGAGGGAACCUCAAUAAGAUCAUGCGGUUGAAGAUCGUGGCUCUGGUGACAGUGGAGGUGCAUGCCAGGGAUGUGAUCGACAAGCUCAUCAAGUCUGGCUGCAUGGACGUCUCCGCCUUCGAGUGGCUGUCCCAGCUCCGGCUGUACUGGGACAAGGACAUCGAUGACUGUAUAAUCAGACAGACUAACACCCAGUUCCAGUAUGGAUAUGAGUACCUGGGGAACUCCGGACGCCUGGUCAUCACGCCUCUCACUGACCGGUGUUUCAUGACCCUCACCACAGCCCUGCACCUGCACCGCGGCGGCUCACCCAAGGGACCCGCCGGCACAGGCAAAACCGAGUCCGUGAAAGACCUGGGCAAAGCACUGGGCAUGUACGUCAUUGUGGUCAACUGCUCCGAGGGGCUGGACUUCAAAUCCAUGGGCCGCAUGUACUCUGGACUUGCACAGACUGGGGCGUGGGGCUGUUUCGACGAGUUUAACCGCAUCAAUAUCGAGGUGCUGUCGGUCGUAGCCCAGCAGAUCCUGUCCAUCCUGUCAGCUCUCUCCGCCAACCUGGACCGCUUCAUCUUUGAGGGGAGAGAGAUCAGCCUGGUGUGGUCCUGCGGCAUCUUCAUCACCAUGAACCCGGGGUAUGCGGGCAGGACGGAGCUGCCUGACAACCUGAAGUCCAUGUUCAGACCCAUCUCCAUGGUGGUGCCAGACUCCACCCUCAUCGCUGAGAUCAUUCUCUUUGGAGAGGGCUUCAACAACUGCAAGGUCCUGGCGAAGAAGGUGUUCACUCUGUACACCCUGGCUGUGCAGCAGCUGUCCAAGCAGGAUCACUACGACUUCGGGCUGCGGGCUCUGACCUCCCUGCUGCGAUACGCCGGGAAGAAGCGGCGCGUCCGACCCGACGCCGCUGACGAGGAGAUCCUCCUGAUGUCAAUGAAGGACAUGAACAUUGCUAAGCUCACCUCGAUGGACCUCCCCCUGUUUACAGCCAUUGUUCAGGACCUCUUCCCAGGCGUGGACACCCCCAUAAUCGACUACGGAAAGCUAAGAGAAACAAUCGAGGCGGAGCUGAAGACCAGCGGGCUGCAGGCGACCCCCUUCACCAUGGCCAAAGUGAUCCAGCUGUACGAGACGAAGAACUCGCGCCACUCCACCGUGAUCGUGGGCAAGACGUGCAGCGGCAAGUCCGUGACGUGGAGGACCCUGCAGUCUGCCAUGAACGCUCUGUAUAAAAAGGGAGAGCCGGGCUACUGCCUGGUCAGGGACUGCCCUCUGAACCCCAAGGCGCUGUCCCUUGGCGAGCUCUACGGAGAGUAUGACCUCACGACCAAUGAGUGGACAGACGGAGUCCUGUCCAGUCUUAUGAGAACAGCCUGCGCAGAUGAGAAGCCGGAUGAGAAGUGGAUCAUGUUCGACGGCCCGGUGGACACCCUGUGGAUCGAGAGCAUGAACUCUGUGAUGGACGACAACAAAGUGCUCACCUUGAUCAACGGGGAGAGGAUCUCUAUGCCAGAGCAGGUGUCUCUGCUGUUUGAGGUGGAGGACCUCUCGGAAGCCUCUCCAGCCACAGUGUCCCGGUGUGGGAUGGUCUACACCGACUACAGCGACCUGGGCUGGAAGCCCUACGUGCAGUCCUGGAUCGACAAGCGCAAAAAGGAGGAAGCGGAACCCCUUCAGCGGCUCUUUGAUAAAUUCAUCCACAAGACCAUGGAGUUCAAGAAGGCUAACUGCAGGGAGCUGGUCCCCAUCGCUGAAUUCAACGGGGUCGUGUCUCUGUGCAAACUCUAUGAGGCGCUGGCCACUCUGGAGAAUGGGGUGAACCCGAGCGACUCUGAGAAUUACAGCCGCAUGGUGGAGCUGUGGUUCACCUUCAGUAUGAUCUGGUCAGUGUGCGCCGCUGUGGACGAGGACGGCCGCAAGAAGAUAGACAACUUCCUCCGAGAGAUGGAGGGCACCUUCCCCAACAAGGACACUAUCUAUGAGUAUUAUGUGGACGCCAAGAACAAGACCUGGGCCCCGUUUGAGGAUAAACUUCCCAAGGGGUGGAGGUACCCGCAAAACGCCCCGUUCUAUAAGAUCAUGGUUCCCACAGUGGAUACGGUGCGCUAUAAUUUCCUGGUGAGCUCGCUGGUGUCCAACCAGUGUCCGGUGUUACUGGUGGGUCCGGUUGGGACUGGGAAGACCUCGGUGGCCCAGAAUGCCCUGCAGUCCCUCGAUUCGUCUAAGUGGUCAGUGCUGACCGUUAACAUGUCCGCCCAGACCACCUCGAACAACGUCCAGGACAUCAUUGAGAGCCGCGUUGAGAAAAGGACCAAGGGUGUGUACGUCCCUGUGGGUGGGAAGAAGCUGAUCACCUUCAUGGACGAUCUCAACAUGCCUGCCAAAGACUCGUUUGGCUCCCAGCCCCCCCUGGAGCUGGUGCGCCUCUGGAUCGACUACGGCUUCUGGUACGACCGGCAGAAACAGACCGUCAAGUACGUCAAGGACAUGUUUCUGAUGGCCGCUAUGGGUCCCCCUGGUGGCGGGAGGACUCACAUAUCAGGACGCCUGCAAAGUCGAUUCAACCUCAUCAACAUGACUUUCCCCACGGAGUCCCAGAUCAAGCGUAUUUACGGCGCCAUGAUCAACCAAAAGCUGCAGGAGUUUGAGGAGGAGGUGAAGCCCAUUGGGAACGUGGUCACUCAAGCCACGCUGGAGAUCUACAACGCCAUUGUGCAGAAGUUCCUUCCCACCCCAGCCAAAAUACACUACCUGUUCAACCUGAGGGACAUCUCCAAGGUGUUCCAGGGCAUGCUGCGGGCUCACAGAGACUUCCACGAUACCAAACACAGCAUCACACGGCUCUGGAUACAUGAGUGCUUCAGGGUGUUUUCAGAUCGCCUGAUUGACCAGAGCGACAUGGACACCUUCACUGGGAUGAUGGCAGAGAAACUGGGCUUGCUCUUCAGCCAGACCUACCACAACAUCUGCCCCAACAAACAGCCUCCCAUUUUCGGUGAUUUUAUCCGGGAGCCGCGGGUGUACGAGGACCUGGUGGACUUCAAAGCUCUGAAGCAGUUCAUGGAGACCCAGCUGGGAGAUUACAACAUCACCCCUGGGGUGGUGCCCAUGAGCCUCGUGCUCUUCAGAGACGCCAUUGAGCACAUUGCCCGCGUGGUGCGUGUGGUCAGCCAGCCCCGGGGGAACAUGCUCCUGAUUGGGAUCGGAGGCUCAGGCAGGCAGAGCCUCUCCCGCCUCUCCUCCUUCAUCUGCGAAUACGACGUCUUCCAGAUCGAGGUCACCAAGAUCUACCGCAGGCAGGAGUUCAGAGAAGACAUCAAGAAGCUGUACCGUCAGACUGGAGUCGACAACAAGCCCACAGUGUUUCUGUUUCCGGACACUCAGAUCGUGGAGGAGUCCUUCUUAGAGGACAUCAACAACAUCCUGAGCUCUGGGGAGGUGCCCAAUCUCUACAAGGCAGACGAGUUUGAGGAAAUUCAGAGUGCCUUGGCGGAAGCAGCUAAAGCAGAAAGCCUUCCGGAGACUCCAGACAGUAUCUUCAGUUACCUGAUCGAGAGAGUGAGGAGCAACCUGCACAUUGUCCUGUGCAUGAGCCCCGUGGGGGACCCGUUCCGGAACCGCCUUCGUCAGUACCCAGCACUCGUGAACUGCACCACCAUCGAUUGGUUCUGUGAGUGGCCCAAAGAUGCCCUGCUGGAAGUGGCAGAGAAGUACCUGGAAGGAAUGGCCCUGGGGGCAAUCGAAGGGAUAAACAGCAAAGUGUCUCAGGUGUUUGUCACCGUGCACCAGUCUGUGGCUGAGUAUUCCCAGAAAAUGAAGCUGGAACUGCGAAGGCACAACUACGUCACGCCAACCAACUACCUGGAGCUGGUGUCUGGCUAUAAAAAACUGCUGGGGGAGAAGCGCAAGGAAGUGGGAAACCAGGUGAACAAGCUGCAGAACGGCCUGUUCAAGAUCGACGAGACCCGGACCAAGGUGCAGGCCAUGUCCCUGGAGCUGGAGGAGGCCAAGAAGAAAGUGGCGGAGUUUCAGAAGCAGUGCGAGGAGUACCUGGUCAUCAUCGUGCAGCAGAAACGAGAGGCCGACGAGCAGCAGAAGACUGUGACAGCACACAGUGAGAAGAUCGGCGCCGAGGAGAUCAAGUGCAAAGCGAUGGCGGAGAACGCACAGAGGGACCUGGAUGAGGCCCUGCCAGCGCUAGAGGAGGCCAUGAAGGCUCUCGAGUCCCUGAACAAGAAGGACAUGACGGAGAUCAAGUCGUACGGCCGUCCCCCCGUCCUGGUGGAGACGGUGAUGCAGGCCGUGAUGAUUCUCCGAGGGAACGAGCCGACCUGGGCAGAGGCCAAGAGGCAGCUGGGUGAGUCGAACUUCAUCAAGCAGCUGGUGCACUUUGACAAGGAUAACAUCUCUGACCGCGUGCUGAAGAAGAUCGGGCAGUACUGCACCCAGCCCGACUUCCAGCCUGAGAUCAUCGGCCGUGUCUCAUCAGCAGCCAAGUCCCUAUGUAUGUGGGUCCGAGCCAUGGAGGUGUACGGGCGUAUUUACCGAGUGGUGGAGCCCAAGCGGGCCCGUCUCAACGGAGCAAUGCAGCAGCUGGCUGAGAAGCAGAGGGACCUGGCCGAAGCACAGGCGAAACUCAGAGAGGUGGGAGAGAAGCUGGAAUUACUGAAGAAGCAUUACGAUGAGAAACUGACUCAGAAAGAGGAGCUGCGCUUGAAGUCCGAGGACAUGGAGAUGAAACUGGACCGGGCCGCCAAGCUGGUCUCAGGGCUGGCCGGGGAGAAGAUCCGCUGGGAGGAGACUGUCAAGGGGUUGGAAGAAGACAUGGGGUACUUGGUGGGAGACUGUCUGUUGGCUGCAGCCUUCCUCUCUUACAUGGGUCCGUUCCUGUCAAACUACCGAGACGAAAUCGUCUCGAAAAUCUGGAGACAGAUCCGGGAUCUGACCAUACCCUGCUCCCCCAGCUUCAGCUUCGCUAACUUCCUGUCCAAGCCGACGGUGGUCCGAGAUUGGAAGCGUCAGGGACUGCCUUCCGACGCCUUCUCGACGGAGAACGGGGUCAUUGUCACCCGCGGCAACCGGUGGCCCCUCAUGGUAGACCCUCAAGGACAAGCUCUUAAAUGGGUCAAGAACAUGGAGAUGUCAAAGGGUCUGAAGGUGAUCGACCUGCAGAUGAGUGAUUUCAUGCGGGUCAUGGAGAAUGCAGUCCAGUUCGGCUCGCCCAUCCUGCUUCAGAAUGUGCAGGAGGAGCUGGAUCCGUCGCUGUCCCCCAUCCUCAACAAAUCCGUCACCAAAGUCGGCGGUCGAUUGCUGAUCAGGCUGGGCGAUAAGGAGGUGGAGUACAGCCCCGAGUUUCGUUUUUACAUCACCACCAAACUGUCGAACCCGCACUACACUCCGGAGAUCUCCACCAAAACCAGCAUUGUCAACUUUGCUGUCAAAGAGCAGGGUCUGGAGGCACAGUUGCUGGGGAACGUGGUGCGCAAGGAGAGACCGGAGCUGGAGGAGCAGAAAGACACCCUGGUCAUCAACAUCGCGUCAGGGAAGAACAAACUGCAGGAGCUGGAGGACGAGAUCCUGCGGUUGCUGAACGAAGCCACGGGCUCUCUGCUGGACGAUGUCCAGCUGGUCAACACCCUGCAGACCUCCAAGGUGACCGCCACAGAGGUGGCCGAGCAGCUGCAGGUCACCGAGCAGACGGAGAUCAAAAUCGACAUGGCCAGAGAGGCGUACCGCCCCUGUGCUCAGAGGGCCUCCAUCCUGUUCUUCGUGCUCAAUGACAUGGGCCGCAUCGACCCCAUGUACCAGUUCUCUCUGGACGCCUACAUAGACCUGUUCAACCAGAGCAUCGAGAAGAGCCAGCGCAGCACCAAGCUGGAGGAGAGGAUCAGCAACCUCAACGAAUACCAUACCUACGCUGUGUACAGGUACACGUGUCGGGGGCUGUUUGAACGUCACAAGAUGCUCUUCAGCUUUCAGAUGUGCUCCAAGAUCCUGGAGGUGGCUGGCAAGCUGAACAUGGAUGAGCACAACUUCUUCCUGAGAGGCGGGGUGGUGCUGGAUAAAGAAGGCCAGAUGGACAACCCUUGCACAGGCUGGCUCUCCGAUGCCAACUGGGAUAACAUCACGGAGCUGGAGAAGCUCACCAACUUCCACGGCAUCAUGAACUCCUUCGAGCAGUACCCCCGCGACUGGCAAGCCUGGUUCACCAGCGAUGAGCCGGAGACCGCCACACUGCCCGGGGAGUGGGAGAACGCCUGCAACGAGCAACAGAGGAUGCUGAUCGUGCGCUCGCUGCGGCAGGACAGGGUGGCUUUCUGCGUCACCUCCUUCAUCAUCAACAACCUGGGCUCCAAAUUCGUAGAGCCGCCAGUGCUGGACAUGAAGUCGGUACUUGACGACUCCACCCCUCGCACUGCCCUGAUCUUCGUGCUGUCUCCCGGGGUGGAUCCCACCAGCUCCCUGCUCCAGCUGGCUGAGGUGUGCGGGAUGGCACCUCGCUUCCAUGCCCUCUCCCUGGGGCAGGGGCAGGCUCCCAUCGCCACGCGCAUGAUCAAAGAAGGAGUCAAGGACGGUAACUGGGUGUUCCUGGCGAACUGCCACCUCUCUCUGUCCUGGAUGCCCCAGCUGGAUAAGCUGGUGGAGCAGCUGCAGCUGGAGGAACCGCACCCCGACUUCCGGCUGUGGCUCAGCUCCAGCCCGCACCCCGACUUCCCCAUCUCCAUCCUGCAGGCCGGCAUCAAGAUGACCACCGAGCCGCCCAAGGGUCUGAAGGCGAACAUGAAGCGACUGUAUCACCUGAUCACAGAGCAGCAGUUCAGCCGCUGCUCCAAGCCCCCCCUCUACAAGAAGCUGUUCUUCUCCCUGUGCUUCUUCCACAGCGUGCUGCUGGAGAGAAAGAAAUUCCUGCAGCUAGGCUGGAACAUCGUAUAUGGCUUCAACGACUCUGACUUUGAGGUAUCGGAGAACCUGCUGGGCCUGUACCUGGACGAGUACGAGGAGACCCCCUGGGACGCCCUCCGCUACCUCAUCUCGGGGGUCAACUAUGGGGGGCACGUGACGGACGACUGGGACCGCCGGCUACUCACCACCUACAUCAACGACUACUUCUGUGAGCAGGCUGUCACCACGCCCUUCUUCAAGCUCUCUUGCUUGAACACAUACUGCAUCCCGAAGGACGGGAACCAGGCUUCCUACAAGGAGUACAUCAGUAUGCUGCCCAACAUGGACCACCCCGAGGCGUUCGGACAGCACCCCAACGCAGACAUCGCCAGCCAGAUCAGAGAGGCACGCACGCUGUUCGAGACACUGCUCUCUUUGCAGCCCCAGCUCACCGCCAGCACAGGAGCCGGGGGACAGAGCAGGGAGGAGAAGGUUCUGGAGAUCUCGGCUGACGUGCGUCAGAAGAUCCCGGACGAGCUUGAUUACGAAGGAACGCGCAAAAUGCUGGCCGACGACCCCUCACCCCUCAACGUGGUGCUGCUGCAGGAGAUCCAGAGAUACAACUCCCUGCUGAGCACCAUCAAGUCCUCUCUAAUCGAGCUGGAGAAGGGGAUCCAGGGCCUGGUCGUCAUGUCAACCAGCCUGGAGGAGACCUUCACUUGCAUCUACGAUGCCAGAGUGCCGCCCAUGUGGGAGAGGGCAUACCCCUCUCUCAAGCCCCUCGGCUCCUGGACCCGGGACCUGGUGCAGCGGGUCGAGCAGUUUGCCAAAUGGGCCGAGACGGCCCACCCCCCAGUUCUGUUCUGGCUGUCUGGGUUCACCUUCCCCACGGGCUUCCUGACUGCAGUGCUGCAGGCCUCUGCACGGCUCAACAACAUCUCAGUGGACACUCUGUCCUGGGAAUUCAUUGUCUCCACUGUGGACGACAAUAACCUGCUAUUCCCGCCCAAGGACGGCGUGUUUGUGAAGGGGCUGUUCCUGGAGGGAGCUGGCUGGGAUCAGAAGAACUCGAGUCUGGUGGAGGCUCAGCCCAUGCAGCUGGUGUGCCCGAUUCCCACCAUCCACUUCAAACCUGUGGAAAACAAGAAGAAGAGUGGGAAAGGAACGUACGCUUGCCCUUGCUACUACUUCCCGAAUCGCGCCGGACUGUCCGGCAGGGCCUCCUUUGUGGUGGGAGUGGACCUGAAAUCAGGAGCCAUGCAGCCUGACCACUGGAUCAAGAGGGGCACCGCCCUGCUCAUGAGCCUGGACAGCUAGGAGCCCCACCCAGGGAGCGGGCUGCCUUCAUCAGGGCGGUCCUUACACAGCAAAACACAACCACAACUCACUCAGCAUGGCUCGCAACAAAAAACUCAGGAGCGCUUUCCUGUCCUUCAGCUACUGCAGUCAAGUAUCUAUGAAAGAAAGCACAAUAACAUGAAAACAUAUAAUAUCACAGGAUAACAAUAUAAAAACUUAAAAAAUAAUUAUUUAUUAACUUAAUAUGGGCCGGAUUUAUAAAAGAGCUUUAACCCGCUGUGACAUUUAUUUUUUGUGAAAGAGAAAGUCAAACUGUGUCAAAGAAUUCAUUUAAGGACUCAGAAUUGGUCCAAGUUUUAUAAGAUCGGGGGCUGGUUGCAUAAAACACCUUAAGUAUUAAGUUUAAGUUUUUAACUCUACAGGAUCUUCCCUUAACUAGGGUAAGGGUAGGGUAAUGUGUUCAGCUGCUUCGUGCAACAGCUUUAAACUCCAGGAGCACUAAGGGGAAAAUUAAACUAAAGGUGUUUUAUGCAACCUAUUCACAGAGCUUUGGUCACGAGUUUUUAAAGACGUGCUGUGUUAAAGACUGUGCUAGAUCUGACCCUAUCUGUCCAGUACACUCUGCCCCUCUGUUUUGUCUCUCAGGCUUGUCGUUUUGAUACGUUUUCCUGUCUGUUUCAGAUUAACCUGCUUCUAUUAAAAGCCCCAAACGAACCAACACUGUUGUUACUCUUCACGGCUGUUUCCAUGACCCCUAAUGCUCUGAAGUUACUUUAGAUAAGGGCAAGUCCAAGAUGAGCGAUUAUCAGACCCCGUGUAACCAGCGGUAAAUCUUUUGAAUGCUUAUGUGCAUUGAGUAUUAUUGAAGUCUUGUGUAGAUAGGGGUCAUAUUAAAAUGCAAUCUGUUCUGGGGCAGUUUUUGGCCACGGUUACUUGUUUGGUGCCAUAGUUGUCGGGUUCAAAAAAUGUAACACCUUUAAUAAAAAUAAAUA